GGUUCCUUGAAGUGGAGCAGAAUAAACCUAGGGAAGAGACUCCUUCAAUCUGCCGUGUUCGUAACUAACACACACAGUCACUCACACCGCGACUCAAUUACUGCCCAAUUCCCCCUCUUUAUCAUCUCCUUCUGCGACCGGCCUCUUACGAAACCAAAUCGAAAAAGAGAAGGAAAGGGCAACGUGAAACGAAGUGUUAUACACACCGCGAAAUCAAAGGGAAUAACUAAAAGUGUGAAAACUACGGUGACUGUGCAGGGAUGUGUCAGAGCUGAGGACUCCCCCCUUCCCCACCUCCCCUCCUCCUCCCGCUCCACCCCACCUGUCACGACUUUUGGUCACAACCUCAACAGAAACAAAAUUCUGUGCACCCCCUGAAAUCUCUGGCGCACCCCCAGGGGUUGCCCGCACCCCAGACAUGGAGUCCGGUGAGCGGCUAGCCCCCCCCUCCUCAGGCUCAGCCGUGCUGCCUCCCGCCUCGGCACCCACGCCCACCCCCACCACCUCCUCCUCCUCUUCCUCGCCCUCCUCCUCCUCCUCCCCCACCUCCUCGUCCUCCUCCUCCCUGCCCAGCAGCACAGCCAAGAGCAGCUUCACACACGCAGCGACCGCUACACUAGGGUCCCUGUUUGGUGGCGGGGCAGAGCAGGUGUUUGGGGGAUCCUCCGUAGCCGGUGCCUUCCCCCUGCUGGGACACCCUGCCUUCGGGCUGCUGGCCCCGGGCUCCGCGCGGCCCGAAUUCGGGGGCCUCGGGGCUCUGGGACUCACCACCGCACUGGCAGCUCACCCACAGCUCGGCGCCUUCACAGAGUGGUGGAGGGCCACGGAGGCUGCCCACGGCCACACCCCGGCUGCCUUCUUCCCCCCGUUCCUGGGGCUGCCGCCCCUGUUUGCCCCCCCUCUGCAGAACCACGAGGCCAGCAGCCCCUACCAGACACGCACCCCCAGCACCAAGAGCAGCAAGGCCACCAAGAGCAGCCGAGCAGCCAAGGGUGUUAACGGUGCAGUGAAUGGCAGCGUGGUGUCCACGUCCUCCUCCACCUCCGCCUCCACCCCCAGCAAAGGGGCCGCCAGCAGCACCCAGGCGUCGGCCCUCGGGGCCCCACCGGACCGCCUCCCUAAGACGGCCGGCUCCAAGCACCAUCGCUCCCACAAGAGUGGAGCCAAGGACGGCAGUGCCGCACCCGAGCUCCUGGUCAAGAGCCAGGGGGGUCAGAAGCCCAAAGAGAAGAAGCAGCAUAGGAAGGCUGGAACAGGCUCGGCCGUGAGCGCCAGCGAGUCGGGAUCGUCGGACAGCGACCUUGACGGCGUGAGCAGCGACGACCUGGAUGACCUCGGGGAGGAGGACGAGGAUGACGACGAAGACGAUGACGACCAGAGCAAAGACAGCGACGAGUCGGACGAGGAGAAAGAACGACAGAAGAAGAAAGCAAAGCUACUAUCCUCUACCUCUGGGCCCAAGAAAGAGAAGAGCAAGCCUUCCAAAGGCCUGGACGCCUCCUCUCUUCUCCACCACCAUCACCUCCUCCUCAUGCAGCAGCAGCAGUUAGUGCAGCAGGUGGUGCCCCCCUCCCCACCCCUGCUGGCCCAGCAGGCCCCCAGCAGCAAGCCAGCCCACACCAGCGUCAUCCAGGCCACGGGACUAGCAGCCAGCGCCAAGCCCCUGGCCCUGGUGGCCCACCCCCGGGGCAGAGACCGGGACAGGGACAGGGACCGAGACAGGGAUAGGGACAGGGAUGGUGGCUCUCCGAAGCGUCCCUCCUCUCCCUCCUCGGCCCUCUCCCCGUCACCCGGCUCCGCGGCGUCAUCAACGACGUCGUCGUCGGCCGCCAAGCUCCGUCGCGUCUCCUCCUCGUCCUCCCCGCAGCACCUCCCCCUGUCCCUCUGCUCCUCCCCCAAGCCCACGUCCGUGCCAUCUCCCCCCCGCCCACUGGUGCUCUCCUCCUCGCCCAAGCCGCCCACCCUCUCUCCCUCUCCCAACACCACCUCCUCCUCCUCCACCAGGGUGAAGGCUACAGCCACGGUGAUGCCGGCCGCUCCUCCGCUCCUCAAGGCGCCUCCCCUCCCCCUCCACCUCCCCGCCCUGGACGCCACCGCCAGCCGCAAGCUGCUGGAGGCCUCGCUGGCCCACCUCACGCAGUUCCGCCUCAAGCAGUCUUUCUUGGCUCAGGCCCAGGAGCAGCAGGUCUUCCCCCUCCCUCUGAAACGCCAGUCCGGCUCCUCCAAGAACCGACGGUCCAGCGCUGCCCACUCCUCCUCCUCCUCCUCCCCCUCCUCCUCCUCUUCCUCCGCCUCUCUCAUCCCGCCCAAGCUCACCCCCGAGGGUACCACCACCAGCUCGCGCACCAAGCCCCCUCCGGACCUGUCCGCCCUCCUGUUGCCACCGGGUCUCCUGGGCUUACACCCCCCCAACGGGGUCAUCCAGCACCCCCCGGCCCAAGACGCCCCGCUGGCCCUCACCACCAAGCCCCGGGGGGCCCCCAGCGUGCAGCCCAGCCAGGGGGCCCUAGCCACCGCUGCCUACGCCCCCUCCACAGCUACGUCCACCGAUACCUCCCUGCCAGUCAACCUCAGCACGGGGAGCGGCCGCACCAAGCCUCCUCCAGCAUCACUCUCCUCCUCCGCAUCAUCAGGGGCAGCGAGCACGACGCCGACCCCCCAUGGGGCAGAGGGAGGAGGAGGAGGAGGAGGCCGAACGCGGGCGCCACGCAAGAGCAAGUCCCCCAAGGCCCUGGCCGCCUGGAAGGCAGCGGGGGUGGGGGCCCAGAACCACCUGGCCCAGUCCCUGGUGGACCUCUUCCAGCAAGGGGAGCUCAGUGGCGCCACCCCUGGAUCCCUAUCCCUGCUACCCACCCUCGGCUCCAUAGCUGUCCCAGCAGCCUCCUCCACUACCACCAUCAGCACCACCGCCACCACUACUACUGCUACUGCUACGGUGGGGAAGGAAAGCGCCAAGGACUCGGAGGACUCUGGAGAGGAUGAUGACGACGAUGAAGAUGACGACCUGGGGGAUGAAGAGGACGAUGAUGAGGAGGAUGAUGAGGACGACAGCCUGUCAGAGUCUGACAGCAACUCGGAGGGUGAUGUGAACGGCUCGGAGAAGAAGCAGAAGAAGAAGAAGAAUGGCACCAGCCACCCUAGCAGCAGUAACCUCUCCACCACCACCACCACCAGCGCUACCACCGCCAACGCCUUCCUCAACAGCUCCAUUGCCGAUGCGCUACUGCCCUCUCUCGCCGCCCUAGAGGCCGGGAAGAGCGGCGCGGCGCCCCUCAAGCUGUCGGCCAAGGAGCACGCCCAGCUGGCGGCCGCCGUGGUGGCCAAUCACGCGCUGCUCUCGGCCGCCGCCGCCGCUGCCGCCGCCGCGGACUGCUCGCCCCUCAACCUGUCGCAGGUCAUCAAGCCCACGGGACUGGCCACGCCCACCAUUGUGAGCAGCGCCUCCGGGCUGACCUAUCACAGCUCUCCGUCCUCGUCCUACUCGCUAGGGAGCACGCCGCCAGGCUCUGCGAAGAGGAAGAGGCCGAUUAGUGAGGAGGAGCUGAGGAUCCCUCUGGAGAUGGGUUGGCAGCGGGAGACGCGCAUCAAGAUGGGGGGCGGUCGUCUCCAGGGCGACGUGGCCUACUACGCCCCCUGUGGCAAGCGGCUGCGCCAGUACCCCGACGUGGUGAAGUAUCUAUCCAGAAAUGGAAUAGCUGACAUCACACGAGAUAAUUUUAGCUUCAGUGCAAAAAUAAGGGUUGGUGACUUCUAUGAAGCCAGAGAUGGACCCCAGGGUCUGCAGUGGUGCCUGCUGAAGGAUGAGGAGGUCAUCCCCCGCCUGCUGGCCAUGGAGGGGCGGCGCGGGCGCCCUCCCAACUCGGAGCGCCAGCAGCGGCGGUCCAGUGCCAGCGCCAGUGCUGCCGCUGCUGCUGCCGGCGACGAGGCUGCUGCUGCUGCUGCCGGUGCUGGUUCUGCCGGGUCCGGUGGCUCUGGCAGGGGGUCCAGUGGGUCUCGGCGCCGCAAGGGACGGCCGCCCAACGUGGGCGAGUCGGAGUUCCCCAGCGCCACCGAGGCCAAGCUGCUACGCAAACUGGAGGCACAAGAAAUCGCGCGUCAGGCGGCUCAGAUGAAGCUGAUGAGGAAACUGGAGAAGCAGGCUCUCGCCCGCGCAGCCAAAGAAGCCAGGAAGCAGCAAGCAAUCAUGGCUGCCGAGGAGAGACGCAAGCAGAAAGAGCAGAUCAAGAUUCUUAAGCAGCAGGAGAAAAUCAAGCGCAUUCAGCAGAUCCGCAUGGAGAAGGAGAUGCGGGCACAGCAGAUACUGGAGGCCAAGCGGAAAAAGAGAGAGGAAAUGGCCAAUGCCAAAAUCUUGGAGGCAGAGAAACGCAUGAAGGAGAAAGAGAUGAGGAGACAGCAGGCUAUCAUUCUAAAGCACCAGGAGAUGGAGAGGCAUAGACUAGAUAUGGAGAUGGAGAGACAUAGACUAGAUAUGGAGAGGGAGAGGAGGAGGCAGCACAUGCUUCUGCUGAAGGCUGUGGACGCUCGCAAGAAAGCAGAGGAGCGUGAGCGUCUGCGUCAGGAGAAGCUGGAUGAGCGGCGUCGGCAUCACGAGCGGAAGCUGGAGCUGCAGCGGCUACAGCUGGAGAUCGCACGAGAGAUGAGGAUGCCCAAAGAAGACAUGUGCCUCACAGACCACAAGCCCAUGCCGGAGUUGUCCCGUAUCCCGGGCCUGGUGCUCCCCGGCGCGGUCUUCUCCGACUGCCUGAUGGUGGUGCAGUUCCUGCGUGCGUUUGGCCGCGUGCUGGGCAUGGAGGCGGGCGAGGCGCCCACGCUGGGCGUUCUGCAGGAAGGGCUCCUGAACCUGGGCAACAGCAUGGGCCGCGUGCAGGACCUCCUGGUGCGACUGCUGUCCGCCGCCAUCACAGACCCGGGGCUGCCGCCGGGACACAAGUCCAAGACGAUCCUGGGCGAGAGCCUGAGUUCGGUGGGCCUGAACCGGGACAACGUGUCGGAGGUGCUGCAGAUGUACCUGGAGGCCCACAGCUGGCAGGCGGGCCCGGCGCUGACCCAGCUGGCCAGCAGCCUCCGCACCAAGGCCUUCCAGGCCCACACGCCCGGCCAGAAGGCCUCCAUCCUGGCCUACCUCGCCAACGAGCUGGCCUGCAGCAAGAGCGUCGUCAGUGAGAUUGACAAGAGUCUGGAUCACAUGACUGUUAUGCGGAGAGACGAGCUGGCCAUGGAGGUGAAGCUGAAGAAGCUGAGGGUCAUCCAUGCCAAGCGCACCGGCAGGCGUGAGAUGAUCCUGAUGGGGGAGGAGCCUCAGCUGAUAGGCACGCCCACUCCAGGAAGUAAACGCAAGAGGCCGGCCGGAGCAGGCAGCGAGGACGAGGAAGAGGAGGAGGAGGAGAGCGACGAAGGAGGAGAGGAGGAGGAGGAGGAAGAGGAGGAGGAGGUGAAGAAGGUCAGGAGGGUGGAGGCCUGUGACGAGGAUGACACAUAUCAGGUUACGAGCGUGGAGGAGCUGGAGAAACAGAUAGAGAAGCUGGCCAAGCAACAGAACCUGAUCAGGAGGAAGCUGUUUGAGGCUCAGCACUCGCUGCGUUCCAUGGUGUACGGCUCUGACCGCUUCCGCCGGCGCUACUGGGUGCUGCCCCAAUGUGGAGGGGUGUACGUGGAGGCCAUCGAGAGCGGAGAGGGCCCAGAGGAGCUGGCCAAGGAGCGCGAGCUGCUGCGGAGCUACCAGGCCCUCCACAUCAAGGAGGAGGCCCCAGACGAGGAGGAGGAGGAGGAGGACGAAGAAGAGGAGGAGGAGGAGACCCAGCUCCCCACACAGGACACCCAGCAGAAGAUGGAGCAGGGGAAAGGGGAGGUGCUGCCCCUGCCCCUCUCCACAGAGCCUGUGGAGGUGAAACAGGAGGAGGAGGAGGAGGAGGAGGAGGAGGAGGAGGACAUGGGGGAGCAGGCUACAGCGCCCCCUGAGGAAGCUAUGGAGGAGGACAGCAGCAGAGGAGAGGAGCAGGAGAAGAAUCAGGAGGUGAAGGAGGAGGACAAGCCGGCUGUGGAGAGAGAGAAGUCUCCAGGGAGCCCCAAGGAGGCGCAGAAGAAGGAGUAUCCCACCACCACCACCACCGCCGAGGAGCCCCCAGCACGAGCCACCAGCGUCCUGGUCGCCACCCCUCCCUCCUCCUGCUCCCCCCCAGCAGCAGCAGCAGCCAAGCCCGAGCACCCAGCCGACGGCGAUCAGCAGCCCAGCAACGUCACUCCGAAGCAGGCAGACAGCGGUGGCGGCGGGUCUCCCCCUGGUCGCCUGGUUCUCCCCAACGGUUGUCCCCACAGUGGUCUCUCCACCCUGGUGACGGCCCCCUCUCCUCCGGAUGCUUCCCCCAUCCAGCAGCUGUCCAGCCCCAGUCCCGGGCUGGUGGCGGCUCCGCUGGUGUCUUGCCCGGGCGGGUCUCUUCUCGUACCCGCCAUCCCCCCUCUCCCGGCAGGUAGCGGCGUCAUCGCCGGCGCAGGAGGAGGAGCGCAGGCGUCCCAGCAGCCCUUGCUGUCCGGCGACCAGCUGAUGCGCGCGCUGACGGAGAAAGGCAGCCAUUGGUUCAGCCUGUUGCCGCGGCAGCCCUGCGACGAGAGCUCGCUCGUCACACCCAUACCGGGGGCCCCGAGGACCAUCUCUUCCCUGGAGUCCUCCUCCGCGGCCUUGGCCCUGGGCGCCACCAGCACUACCACCUCCUCUGCGCUGGGCCUCAGUGCCAUCAAUAACAGCAACUCCUCUGCGUUGGGCCUCGGCGGCAUCAACAACUCCUCCUCUGCGCUGGGCCUCAGUGGGAUCAAUAACAGCAACUCCUCUACACUGGGCCUCAGUAGGAUCAAUAACAACAACUCCUCCUCUGCAUUGGGUCUCAGCAGCAACUCCUCCAUAUUGGGCCUUAGUGGCAUCAACAGUAAUUCUUCUGCAUUGGGCCUCAGUGGUAUCAAUAACAAGUCCUCUUCUGCAUUGGGCCUAAGUGGUAUCCAUAACAACCACUCCUCUACAUUGGGCCUUAGUGGCAUGGCCACUCCACCUAACAUCUCCUCCUCUGUGGCCUCCAUCAGCCAUGCUGCUGCCUCCUCUGCCUCAGCCUCUGCCUCAGUGUCCUCCUCCAAUGCUGCUGGUGGAGGUGCUGCUGCCAUCGUCUGCUCCCACGUCCCCAAGUCCUCCACCUCCCCCCCCUCCUCCUGCUCUCCCAAUCCUCAUAACGCGACGGCGGGAGCCAGCCCACUGCACUCUCAUGGCACGCCCACAGUCAACACCUACAGCCUCCCUCCAAUACAGGUGAAACCCAGCAUGGCGUACUCCAUAUGUGGCUGGGCCGUAGGGGGCGGUAACGGCGGCCUGUCCACCCCGCACCACCUGCCCCACUGCAGCAGCCCACUGCCCCACUACCCCUCUGGGGAGGGCGGCUGCGCCAGCCCUCUGCUGCCCCCUAGCGUCUGCACCAGCAAGAGCUGCUCCCCGUGCCCCCACGCGGGGGACAGGGGCCUGGGCGCCUGCUCGCCCUUACCCAUCCUGGAGCUCCUGGAACGGCCCAAGGACCACCCCACGCCACUGCCCAUCCCCGAGGAUAAGAUGCUGGGCUGGUGGAAAGUGUGUGACAUGGAGGAGUUGCGGAUGGCCAUGGCCUGCAUGCACAGCAGAGGCAUCCGGGAACGCAGCCUGCAGAAACAACUACAGAAGAACAUGGAGCUGAUCGCACAGACAUGCAACAAGAACAAAGAAGUGGCGGUGAUGGAGGUGUCUGUGAUCGACGAGGAGGGUCAGGUGUCGGAGGAGGCGGUGCAGACGUGGUGCGUGGAGGAGCAGGCCAUGGAGACGGACAUCGCCCUGCUGGUGCAGGUGGAGGCUCUGGAGAAGAGAGUCACCGCCGCCAGCCUACAGGUCAAGGGCUGGACGUUUCCCGAGCCCCAGUCAGAGCGUGAAGACCUGGUCUACUACGAGCACAAAAGCCCCUCUCCAGGCGGAACAGCGCCUUCCGAAGGCUCCCGCGGGAACAACAACAGCAACUCCAACAGCAACUCUGACCGCUCAGCCUCCGACCGCUCGUCCAACGAGCGCUCGUCUUCCUCGUCGUCCUCGUCGUCCACGGGACUGCAGCGUUACCCGGACAACCCACUGGACAUCGCGGUGACGCGUCUGGGCGUGCUGGAGAGCCACAUCGAGCGAAGGUACCUGCAGAGCCCGCUGGGCAGCACGGUGCAGAUCAGGCUGGAUAACGUGGGCACGGUCACCGUGCCCGCCGGCCCCGCUCUCUCCACGGGCACGCGCGGGGAAGGUGAGGAGGAGGUGUCUGCAGGCCUGAGGCAGUGGCGUAAGGCCUUGAGCGAGGUGCGCAGCUCGUCUCAGCUGGCCAUGUGUCUACAGCAGCUGCAGAAGAGCAUCGCCUGGGACCGCUCCAUCAUGAAAGUGUACUGUCAGAUGUGCCGUAAGGGUGACAAUGAGGACCUGCUGCUGCUGUGUGACGGGUGCGAUAAGGGCUGCCACACCUACUGCCACAAGCCCAAGAUCUUCACCAUCCCUGAGGGAGACUGGUACUGCCCCGCCUGCAUCACCAAGGCCAGCACGCCGUCUCCCAGCAAGAGCAAGAAGGCCGCGGCUAAGCCCCCCACCCCAGCCAAGAAGAGCACCAAGGGGGGCAAGAAGCAACAGCAGCAGCCCCCUCCCCCUCCCGCUCCCGCUCCCGCACCUGACUCCCCUCCUGCCCCAGCCACCAACACCUCCACCUCCACCUCCACCUCCUCUUCUACCACUACUACUACUACUACAGCUACUACUACUACACAGGAGGCCUCCGCAUCAGCCAAUGGGACCACAGGGGCCCCAGAGGCUAAAGCAUCAGCAGGGGCAGGGGCCUCCUCCUCCUCCACCACCACCACCAUCGCCACCUCCUCCUCCUCCUCAGCGGGCCCCAGCACGCCACCCAAGAAGGGGGCCAAGGAGUCCAAGAAGAACGCCUCGCCCUCCGAGAAGGAGAAGAAGGAGAGCCCGGCGGCCGUGGUGAAGCGCGCCAAGACGGCCCGGGACAACAACCGAGACCUGGGACUCUGCAGGGUGCUCCUGGCCGAGCUGGAGCGUCACCAGGACGCCUGGCCCUUCCUGUCCCCCGUCAACCCCAAGUCCGUCCCCGGCUACCGCAAGGUCAUCAAGAAGCCCAUGGACUUCUCCACCAUCCGCGAGAAGCUCGUCAGCAGCCAGUACCAGAACCUAGAGACGUUCAUCAUCGACGUGAACCUGGUGUUUGACAACUGCGAGAAGUUCAACGAGGACAACUCGGACAUUGGCAGGGCGGGACACAACAUGAGGAAGUUCUUUGAGAAGCGCUGGACUGAACUGCUGAAGCAGACCAACUAGUGACGGACAAGCAGGCGCCUUCUCUCCACUUCCUCUCUCUCUCUCACCUCUCUCUCUCCCUCCCUCUUUCUCUGUCUCCUGUAUCUCUUCUUCGCUUUCUCUCUCUCUAUCUCUAUCUCACCAACCUCCACCUCUCUUCAUUGCUUCCCUCUCUCUCUCUCUCUCUCUCUCUCUCUCUCUCUCUCUCUCUCUCUCUCUCUCUCUCUCCCGCCCCCCCUCUCUCUCUGCGUUGCCCCAGCCAGUCCUUCUCUACUUUGGCAGUGGACAUUUCAAAAAACACUUGAUUUCAAAUGGUCCUCCGUCAGGACUGACUUACAGACAAAUGGACAGACAUAUUGACGGACGGAUGGACAGAGGGACGGACGGAUGGAUGGACAGACAUCCAUCCAAGUUCAAUCACUGCUGUUGUUCCAGAGGCCCACUGGAAGAGACCUUGUCUUGACCAAUCAGGGUCUCUCUCUGUAGGGUCCUCUAUCUAAACCACUUGAUUGGUCCUCUCAUACACAACCCACACACACAAGCACACACACAUGCCAACACCACAACACACACACACAGACACACACACACACACACACAAAUACCAACACCACAACAUACACACACAGACAUACAUAGACACGCACACGUGUGCACACGCAAACAUGCAUACACACACGCGCACACGCACACACACACACACACACAUACACACACACACACACACACUCGCACCCAAAGAGACCCUGACGAGGAGGGUAGGGUCUUUUGUGCAAUACCAUUUCCUUAAAGUCCAGGAGAGCAGGAAGAACAUGGCACUGAGUCUACAACCAUCAGAGCUGUAACUAGACUACAAGUAAAAAAACACUUUCCACUACCUGUAAAUAUAUUUUUUAAAAUCUUUAUGGUUAAUAUUAAUAGUGAAUGUAUUUAAUUUUUUAUUAUUAAUUAUUUAUGAAAGUAAAUACAUUUAAAAAUGGCGAAAAAAAAGAAGAAAAUUUGAGAAAAAUAAAGUCCAUUCUUCAUUUUCUAUGAAAAGGAAGAAACAUUAAAAAACAAAAACACAAAAAAAAAUCUGCUUAAAAAAAAUCUUCUGGAAUGUUUUUGUUGGUUUGUUUUUUUGUUUUUAUUUUUUGUUUAUUUGUGCGUGUUUUGUUGUAUUCUUUCUCUUCUCCAAAUAUGAAAAUCAAGCCAAGAAAAAAAAGGAAAAAAAUCACCAGAAAAACAAAGUACUCUGUUUACACUGAUCAACAUGCCAGAGGUCAUAUGGACUAUUCGAAACUCGGAGCUCGACUGUAGAAAACUGCGUCUCUCUCUCUCUCUCUCUCUCUCUCUCUCUCUCUCUCUCUCUCUCUCUCUCGCUGAUCUGGCAGUGGCCACCCUCAUGUAUAUAAACUGUCUAGUAAUGUCAAUAUUCAGUCUGGGAAUGAUGAUGAUAUGUACAUAAUUGUUUCAGACAUCAGAUAUGGUUUUAUUGCCUUAGGAACGAUUGUAGCAUUUUCCUCAUGUUUAGUCUUAAGAACAAAAGGAAAAACAAUAGUGAUGGAACAUUAUAUUGGUUGUCCAAUUCUGCGCAUACAUAUCCACUGCAAAAACACUGUGGUCUUCAAACUUGGUAGUGCCUACCCUAAACCAGAUAGGGGUGUAGGAAGAUAUUUUUAUUUUCAUUUUUGUAACAUUAUUAUUAUUAUUAUUAAUGUUAUUAUUAUUAUUGCUGUUUAUUUUUAAUAUAUCAAACACACCCACUUAAAUGGACAUACUGUAUUCAUAUCUAUCUGUGUGGAAUAAAAAACAUGUCAGGAGUAUUUUUUCAGUGAUGCCCUCCCCUCCCCCCGUCUUCGCUACCGCCCCUCCUCUCCUCUCUAUCUGCCUUGCCACACAAGGGAGAAUAGCAACUGUCACCACUGUGUUGUGAGCCUUCCUACCCCUCUCACUUCUCUCUCUUCUCUUCUCUUCUCUCUCUCGUUCUCGCUCUCUCUCUCUCUCGCUUUCUCUCUCUUUCCCAAUCUCCGAUCUUACCCAUCCUUCUUAUUCUCUCUCUCUCUCUCUCUCUCUCUCUCUCUCUCUCUCUCUCUCUCUCUCUCUCUUUCUAUCUAUCUCUUUCUCUCCUACAAUGGUUAUCUUGCCUCCCUCUCUCUCUCUCUCUCUCUCUCUCUCUCUCUCUCUCUCUCUCAUCCCCCCCCAACUCUCUCGGUGUUGUGGCCUACUGAAGGCAGCUAGAACAGUUUUAUUUUGUACCCAAGUCAGAGUACUUGAAGUAAUUUUAUUUAAAAGAAACAAUAUUGUGGGACAUGAGAAAAAAAAACACACAAAUGAUAAUUGUAGUGUUCUUUUUGUAGGAGCAUUAUUUUUCACUAGUAUGUGUGUGAGUGUGUGGAUGUGUGUGUGGCACGAGCCUAUUAAAGGAUGUUUUUAAACCA